AUGGCGACGCUGGUGCUGGCGCUGCUGGCGGCGGCGGUGGCGGUGGCCGGGGCGCAGUGCCCGGCGCCGGGAGACCUGCGCACCGUCAACGGCUCCCGCAUCUGCGCCUACCUCUACUCCGACAACAGCGCCUACUACAAGGAGUGCUGCGCCGGCAACGUGCUCRUGGUGAGCCCCGGCACCGACGUGCCCUACAUGCCUAGCGGCUGGGCCGCCAAGGUCUCCUCGCUGGUGGUGGGCACCCGCUGCGAGCUCACCGUGUGGGACAGGAGCAGCAAGAAGGGCCACAGCCGUCGCUUCAGCGCCGGCGCCGUGCCCCGGCUGCAGGAGGUGCGGCGUGGCCUGCUCAACAACUGGAACAACGCCAUCAGGGGCUAUUACUGCAAGUGCAGCUGA